CCCAAAAAUAUCAUUAAUGCUUUACUUUUAACCUUAAAAUAAAUCCAAAUCUCCAUUUUUACUACUACUGCUGCUUCUUUUCAUACCAUUCCACUGCUACUAAAACUAGUAAUUACUCGCCGUAGGUCGUAUUUUUGCACAUCUGUUCCUUCACCUUAAAAAAAAAAAGCCUUAUUAGGGUUUUAAGAAUUUCCCCAUUUGUAAUUCUAUCUUAAACCCCUCUCAAGCUCUUGUAAAAGGGGCAAGGGCCAACAUUUCCCCAGUAGAAAGUAAUUGUGCAAUUGUAUCUGGACAAUGAGCCAGGCUAUCCAAUCAGAGGGUUCUAACCUGACGCAGGUCCUACCUGCAAAACGAAAAAGGGGUCGCCCGAGGAAGGAUCAGAGCCUAAAUCGCGUGGGACUCGCUCGUGUUCCACCUGGUUUUGAAGGAAUAAAAGAGAACAAAUCCCGAAAAGCAGAUAAAUUUGAUGACAAAGAUAAUAUGGUUGGCCAGGCAGUUGCAGGGGUUGUUGAAGCCUCAUUUGAUGCUGGUUACUUGCUAACUGUCAGGAUUGGCAACUCCCAUACCAUUUUGAGGGGAGUUGUUUUCAAGCCUGGGCAUUAUGUUCCUGUAACGUCACAGAAUGACGUAGCUCCCCAUGUUCAAAUGAUCCAAAGAAGCGAAGUCAGUCUCCCUUUGUAUAACCAGAUGCAGAGCAGCAACCCAUCUAGAGAGAGGAAUGACAUUCAUGGAUCGUCAUCCCAAAUAGCUAACAUGGUGGUCAAAAAAGGAAUAUCUACUUCUCCAACAGCAGGCCCUUCAUUUCCUCCUGUAGGUUCCAGAGGUAAUGUGGUUCCUGUUGUAUUGCAACCUCUCGGUCCUACAAAUGGACCACUACCUGGCAAUCAAGUGAUUCUGGAUGGAUCACCUUCAAAAGGUAGAGAGGUGGUGACUGUAGAACCAUUGGCUAUGUUACGACCAGAUGAAUCAGCAUCCUCUAGCCAGUUUCAGGUUGCCACAAAUCAACAGCAGCCUUCUCAAGUGCAAACUAGCAACCAAGUACGAGCAGGAAGUGUUCCGAUUGAAAAUGGAUUGUACAGUGAAGUUGUAUCUGUGGUUGGACACAGGGAAGAAGCUCAAGAAGUGAAGCGAACCAGUGUGCCGACACCAGGAGAACCACUUACGGGAUCCCAAGGCUCUUCACAAUCUUCAGAAACUCAUGUUGAUAAUGAUAAAUCAUCAGCUGGAACCUCUCAAAUGGAGUCAGACCAAGAAAUUGGCGAUGUUCAGUUACCAUCUGAUCUUAAACCCAUGAAUAAUCAUGGCAAGGGCCGAAUGACCGAGCUUUUACAGGCCUUGCAGGAAAAUUUUGACAACCAGAUGCCUCAAGCUGAACCAUCCGCUGGAUCUGGAGCAGACUCUCAAGAAAAGCUGAAUCCAGAAACAUGUGGAAAAGACGAGAGAACCAAUGAAUGACCUUGUUCUAAAAAAGAAGCUUCUGAUUUUAGCGGGUCACCUCAAUUUUUUUUUUUUAAUCCUUCUAUAAUGAAUUUGGUAAGCAUCUCAGAAUGGAGUGAUACAGCAAAAUGGGGCAAACAUAACCUGGUGUGCAAUCCGGCCUGGCCAAGGGCCUUUAGAUGUUGAUGUGCGAACAUAGAGUUUAGGUGAAAGAAGUUUGAUUUUAAUAGCUGUAAUGUAGGUCAGAUACUCAGAGCUUGGCCGUGCUCAAUGUGUAGAGUGAAUGUUUCUCUAUGAGAACUAACUGGUUUUGGGGAUUUUUCUCAAGGUGUUGAUGCUUUUCUUUUUCCAUCAUUCAAAUCAUCCCGUUUCUCUUGUAUUUCAGCACCUGGUUCUAUGGAUCUUUUUGGUGAUUGAUGA